AUUGGUGGUGUCGUGUUAAUAUGAAAAAAUAGGUCUGGAAUCGGAACUCAAUAAUCCAAAGAAAGCCCUCUCUGAAUCUUGAACGAAAAAACAGAUUUUGGCACAGCUCCAAAUCCUACUCCCCCAUCACAACCAUGGCAAUCCCUUCAUUAAUCUUCAUCCACAACUUCUAAACCCCUACCUAGAUGCACUCAAAUUCUCCCUAAACCAAGAAUUCUUCAAAAUUACCAAGUUCGAUAAAAUUGGGUCGAAUUUGAGGGGCGGGGUGGAUGGGGAACAAGAUCGCGCGGACGACGCAGGCGUCGGCGACGGAAUACUACCUGCAUGAUUUGCCGUCGUCCUACAACUUGGUGCUCAAGGAAGUUCUGGGCAGGGACCGAUUCCUCAAGUCCAUACUCUGCAAGCACGAUGAGGGUUUGGUGCUCGUCAAGGUCUACUUCAAGCGCGGCGACUCAAUUGAUUUGCGAGACAAUGAGCGCCGUCUCUCCCGCAUUCGCGACAUAUUCUCCAAGCUCGAUCACCCCCAUGUCUGGCCCUUCCAGUUUUGGCUUGAAACAGAUAAAGCUGCUUAUUUGUUGAGGCAGUACUUCUUUAACAAUCUUCAUGAUCGGCUGAGCACUCGACCAUUCCUAAGUCUCGUUGAAAAGAAAUGGUUGGCUUUUCAGUUGCUUUAUGCUGUGAAACAGAGUCACGAGCACGGAGUGUGUCAUGGCGAUAUUAAGUGUGAGAACGUGUUGGUCACUUCCUGGAACUGGCUCUACCUUGCUGAUUUUGCAUCAUUCAAGCCUACAUAUAUCCCGUAUGAUGAUCCCUCUGAUUUUUCAUUCUUCUUUGAUACUGGGGGAAGAAGACGCUGUUACGUUGCACCUGAGAGGUUUUAUGAGCAUGGAGGGGAGGCGCAAGUUUCCCAAGAUGCAAAUCUGAAGCCCUCAAUGGAUAUCUUUGCUGUAGGGUGUGUGAUUGCUGAGCUUUUUCUUGAAGGCCAACCCUUGUUUGAACUUUCUCAACUCCUUGCAUAUCGAAGAGGACAAUAUGAUCCUACCCAGCAUCUUGAAAAGAUUCCAGACUCAGGAAUCCGUAAGAUGAUUCUUCAUAUGAUUCAACUAGACCCAGAGUCAAGGUGCUCUGCUGAGAGCUACCUGCAGAACUAUGCGGGUGUUGUGUUUCCAUGUUACUUCUCACCAUUUCUUCAUAAGUUCUAUUCCUUAUUAAAUCCUCUGAGUUGUGAUGCAAGGGUUCUAGCAUGCGAGACCUCUUUCCAAGAAGUUCUUAGACAGAUGCUGGGAAACAGGGCAGUUGAGGAUUUGAUAUCUGAAACAGAAAUGUGUAAUAAUGAUACAAGCCACUUGCCAGGACAUGGAAAACAAGGUUCCACUGGGGCAGAUAAAUCUUCGAAUGAAAGAAAAGAGACCAAGAAGGUCAUUACUCGUGAUCGAUUUGAUCUCCUGGAUAACAUGAGUACCUUGCUAAGAGAUGUGAAACAUAACAACGGCAAUUUGAGCAUGGAGACUAUGCAAGAUAGUAUCGUGAAGACCAUAGAUUCUCAAAAUCAGAAGCACUGUGGUUUACAAUCUCCUGGUGAGGUUAUUCAAAGUAUCUCCAAUAAAUUCCAGCGGAGUCACCAUCCUUUCCUGAAAAAGAUCACAAUGACUGAUUUGAGCUCAUUGGUAUCAGAUUUUAAUAAUCAAUCAGAUACUUUUGGAAUGCCUUUUCUACCACUUCCUCAGGAUAUAUUAAGCUGUGAGGGUAUGGUUUUGAUUGCUUCACUUCUAUGUUCCUGCAUUCGUAAUGUCAAGGUCCCUUUUAUAAGGAGGGCUGCUGUCUUAUUGCUGAAGUCUUGCUCUUUGUAUAUUGACGAUGAAGAUCGACUGCAGCGUAUACUUCCCUAUGUUAUAGCUGUGCUUUCUGAUCCAGCUGCCAUUGUCCGUUGUGCAGCACUGGAGACUUUGUGUGACAUUCUUCCUCUAGUCAGGGAUUUUCCUCCAAGUGAUGCCAAAAUCUUUCCAGAGUAUAUUCUUCCUAUGCUUUCCAUGCUUCCAGAUGAUCCUGAGGAAAGUGUGAGGAUUUGCUAUGGCAGCAAUAUAUCUAAACUGGCACUGACCGCUUAUGGGUUCUUAAUUCACUCAAUAAGCCUGACCGAGGCAGGGGUUCUUAAUGAGAAUUUAUCACGAAAAUCAUCACUGCCAGCCUCAGACUUCUUUGGAGAGCCUCAGAAGCUGAAUAAUGAUGUGCAGCUUGGACAGUUACGGAAAUCUAUUGCGGAGGUCAUUCAAGAACUUGUGAUGGGUCCAAAGCAAACACCAAAUAUAAGGAGAGCACUCCUGCAAGAUAUUGGCAAUCUUUGCUGGUUUUUUGGCCAGAAGCAGAGUAAUGAUUUUUUGCUACCUAUCCUCCCUGCUUUUCUAAAUGAUCGUGAUGAGCAGCUCAGAACUGUAUUUUACGGGCAAAUAAUAUAUGUCUGUUUCUUUGUGGGCCAACGGAGUGUAGAGGAAUACCUUUUUCCUUAUAUUGAACAAGCACUUAUUGAUACUACGGAGUCUGUGAUCGUCAAUGCAUUGGAUUGCUUAACCAUUCUCUGUAGAAGCAGUUUCUUGAGGAAGAGGAUACUGCUUGAGAUGAUAGAGCGUGCUUUCCCUUUGCUAUGUUAUCCAAGUAAGUGGGUCAGGAGAGCAGCCGUUACAUUUAUUGCGGCUAGCAGUGAGAACCUAGGUGCAGUGGAUUCCUAUGUAUUUCUGGUCCCAGUUAUACGCCCUUUCUUGCGUAGACAACCAGCAUCUUUAGCCUCGGUAAAAGCUCUUCUUGGGUGUCUGAAACCUCCUGUCUCAAGGGAAGUAUACCAUCAGGUUUUAGAAAAUGCCAGAAGUUCAGACAUGCUGGAGAGACAGAGAAAGAUUUGGUACAAUGCAUCAUCACAGUCUAGAAAAUCUGAAUCCAUAGACUUACUUCAGAGAACUGCCAAGGAGUUGGAUCCAAUAAAAUGUAUGUCUGACAGACAAAAUGACUUUGGACAUCAUAGCUUUACUAGCACCACUGCUGAGCAGUUUGAUACAACUAAGUUAGAUGAUAAUGAGGGCAGGUUCAAAGCUAUGGGAAAUUUAAUGCAAAAUUCUUUGAGUCAAGAAGAAGCCCAUGACCGUGGUGCCUCAGAAAAGUCUCAACUAACUGGAUUUAUGUCUCCUCAAAUGAGCUGUAUGAACAGCUUCAUUGAUAAAUCAUCAGAAAGCAUACCUCUAUACCACUUUAAGUUUGAUAACAGGCGGGCAUCCACCACUGGUCCAGCUGUUCCUGAUGCUUCAUUACCAUAUAAUUCCUUAGGUUUCAGUACUUCUUCCCUGCCUUGGAUGGAUCCAGUAAAUAAAUCGUUUAGUUUAGCAAGUACAAUACCUCCUCCUAAGCUUGUUUCGGGAUCAGUUUAUGUUGGUAAUGGUCCUGCACUGUUGAGAAGAGUUGUACAUGAAGUAGAUGACCGGGAAACUGAUGAAACAGCUUUUGUGAGUAGCAAAUUUCAUGAAACAGGAGUUCCUGACAGGAUGAAAGGGGGUUCUCUCACCGUUGGGGAUAACUCGGUUGAGGCAACAGAAUCGACAUCGUUAGCAUGGUCAUCAACUAUUCCUGAUUCAGGAUGGAGACCUCGCGGGGUGUUGGUUGCUCACCUGCAAGAGCACAGAUCUGCCGUCAAUGAUAUUUCCAUUUCAAUGGAUCAGCAAUUUUUUGUGAGUGCAUCUGAAGAUUCUACAGUGAAGAUAUGGGAUUGCAAGAAGCUGGAGAAGGACAUCUCGUUUCGGUCUAGGCUGACCUAUUCUCUUGGUGGAAGUCGUGCAAUGUGUGUUGCGGUGCUUCAAGGUACUACUCAAAUUGUUGUUGGGGCAAGUGAUGGGAUGAUGCAUAUGUUUUCUGUUGAUCACAUAUCGAGAGGACUUGGAAAUAUGGUUGAAAAUUAUUCAGGUAUAACUGAUGUUAAGAAAACUGGUUUUGGAGAAGGUGCUAUACUUAGCCUUUUGAAUUACUCUGCUGAUGGUAAUACUAGCCAAAUGAUUCUAUACAGCACUCAGAAUUCUGGUGUCCAUCUAUGGGAUACAAGAACAAAUUCAAACAGUUGGAAUACUGAAGUUUCUCCAGAGGAGGGUUAUAUAUCUUCUCUUGUGGCAGACCCUUGCGGUAAUUGGUUUGUAUCUGGAUCAUCAAGGGGUGUACUUACUUUGUGGGAUCUCAGAUUCUGCAUACCUGUUAACUCAUGGCAAUAUUCUCUUCCAUGCCCCAUUGAAAAGAUGUGUCUUUUUGUUCCUCCUUCCGGGACCCCCUUGUCCGUCGCCACAAGGCCACUUGUUUAUGUUGCAGCUGGGUGUAAUGAGGUCUCUCUUUGGAAUGCUGAAAAUGGAAGCUGUCACCAGAUUUUGAGAGCAACAAACCUUGAAUCUGAUGCUGAGAAUUGUGAGUCACCUUGGGCCUUGGCCAGACCAUCUUCGAAGUCAAACACUAAAUCAGAGAUAAGGCGAAGUACAAACUCAAAAUACAGGGUUGAUGAGCUGAAUGAACCCUCUAUCCGUGUUCCUGGUAUCCGUGCAUUGCUCCCGUUACCUGGUGGAGAUUUAUUGACUGGUGGAACCGAUUUGAAAAUUCGUCGUUGGGACCAUUGCAGCCCGGAACGGACUUAUUGUGUGUGUGGACCGUCUAUUAAAGGCAUUGGAAAUGAUGAUUUCUAUGAGACAAAAUCUAGUUUUGGAGUGCAAGUCGUGCAGGAAGCAAAAAGACGACCUCUAGCAACAAGGUUGACAGGAAAAGCAAUUCUUGCUGCUGCGGCUACUGAUUCCGCCGGGUGUCACCAUGAUUCUGUACUCUCUCUGGCAUCUGUGAGAUUGAACCAGAGACUUCUGAUAUCAAGUAGUAGAGAUGGGGCUAUAAAGGUCUGGAAGUGAGGAACCUUUUAUACUGCUAAUUUGUUGUACAUAUUUAUAUAAAUACCAGUACAAAAAAAUGUACAGGAUGUUAUGGGGCUGAUCGUAUAUGCUAUGUAUGAAUUAUGAUCCAUUUCUUGUAUAGUUGUAAUUAUGGUUUA